CACGGCCUGUCCUGUCCUGUCCUGCUCCUGCUCCUGCUCCUGCUCCUGCUCCCGUUCCUGCUGCUUCUGUUCCUGUUUGCUGAAAAUACGACGUAUCACCCUUCCCGCAUAUCACGCGUCGUACCUGCUCCUGACAAGUCAUAUUCACGGCCUCGCCCCGACCUUGUGCUACAGUACCUGCCUGCACUAUUCCCUACGUAUUCAAUUCCAUCCGGCAGGAGCUACCUGUAUCUCCUGACCUGACACGGUACAAGAAGUCACUCCUCGGCCCUCACACUGCCACCAUCCUUUCCAACCAAAUCAACCACACCAACCAAGCAACCACUGAGCGAAGCAACAUGUCUCCGUUCAUAAUGGAGCCGUACCGACCCACCCCCUCUCCUCCACCCAGACGCAAGCCACGCUCGAGCUCCUUCUCCGUGUCUCUGGCCAAAUACGACGACAUUCGAAGACUGGUCGACAUCGAAUUCUUCGCCUUCGAAAAGGAACGAACUAACCACAUCCUGUCCUACCGAGACUACCGCCAGCCAGCACAUCUCGAGCGGGCGGUACGGUCCUACCAGAGCGCCAUCAGCGGGUCCGAUGCCAAUCGCAGACGCCGAAAGUCUGCCUCUGCUCGUCGACUGGAUCGUCGGUCGAAUGGCGAUGUCGUCAGGUUUCGCAAAGUGACGGACAGGGAGACUGGUCUGAUCAUUUCAUGGGCAAAGACGGAGACGAAGGCUUACACGCAAGAUGAGCUGGCGAGUCCGGCAGACAGCGGACAUGAGAACGAGGCUCUCAUGAAUCGGGACUGGUUUGCGCUGAACGAGAAGCUCAAGCGAGACUACAUGGGGACCCAGAAGCAUUGCUAUAUCAGCAUGCUGGCCACGCAGCCGACCUACCAACAUCACGGCGCAGGAACAAUGCUCCUCGAAGACAUUCUGACGGAAGCUGACGAGGCGGGUGUGGAGUGCUAUCUGGAAGCAACGGAUACGGCCAAGCCACUCUACGAAAGACACGGAUUCGAAAUGGUGAAUGAGCUGCGAUUUGACCCAUCUGCAUAUGGAGUGUGUGGUUUCAGUGUCGAGAGACAAACCAUCAUGGUGCGAGGGGCAUUGGACCGUGUUAGUGGACAAAGGAAGCAGGUGCGAUCAUGGGCCGAAGCGACUGGAGGUCCGGGCUCGCCAACAAGCGAAAGCGACGGCGCCUAGAACGGAGGUGGCUCCUGGCCAACCUUCAUCGCUCGACUUUCAACAACAACAUCUUCCGACCAACAUUCAUCUUUCCGGCGUGGCGUGGUCUGGUCUUUCAGGCGUCGAGGCGCUUCGGUUCUAUCUACGGUCCAACACCAAAAAGCUCCAGAUAUCCAUGAUUCAAGCGGCGGCGUUCGUGUACAAAGUAUCUGACAUGCAUUGGUAGAUAGGCCCGGCAGUAUUGCCCUCUGGCAAGCAGUUCCCGAGAAGAAAAGUACUUUGUGAUCCAU